GACAGAGCUACGCCAGUAUGUGGUCGGUGCUCUAACACGGGGCGUGAAUGCCGUAAAGGCUUCAAAUUCCGUCUGAUCAAAGUCACAUAUGUGGACGAGACGGAGCUCAUAGGAAAGGGUUACAAUGCCCAGACAGCCUCUGCAUCUCAGCUGUUGUCCCAAGAGAGUUCACCAUCCCAAGAAAGUGUCGAGGACGAUACAACAAGUGACUGUCGUCCCUAUCACUCAACUGCACAUGGUUGGCCAUCUACCAUCUCCGCCCCCAUAGCCAGUCAUCAGCAAUAUGCUGCUACUGCUGCUGUGUCGCCAUCGAACCUCGUCCAUAGAGCUGAUGCUUUUGGAUCAGAGGUUUCACCCGUAGAAUCCCGUCACUCAUCAUCAGAUGGCGCAGAUUCGCCAUUCAACACCGUUGAUGCUGGUUCGGAUGGCAGGUCCAUUGGUGGCGCGUCGCUCCAGCUCGCCGGCCUCUACCUCCCCGAGCCUGUCUGGCCGCUAAGUUCGGCAUCAGAGGCCAUGCUAUUCCGGCAUUUUACUCAUAGCCUUGCUCCAUGGCUCGAUCUGUGUGAUCCUCUUACUGUCUUCCAAACCGUCGUGCCGCGACGGGCAGGGACUUGUCCCGUGUUGCUCAAUGCAAUCUUUGCUCUUGCUGCUCGACAUCUCAGUCACACAAGUGGUUACGACCACUUUGCCGCAAACCGUUACCACGACAUGUGCCUGAACUCGCUCAUUCCACUACUGCAGCAUGGUGUUGGCUUUUCAGACGAGAAUCUUUUCGCCGCAAUCAUCAUUCUCCGGGUCCUGGAGGAAAUGGAAGUAAGAAACAUGGGUGUCGACACUAAGGGCUACCUCCUCAGCAUCCACAAGUUUGUUGGUCAUGGCGAUCGCUAUAUUGCACCCCGCAGCCUCUCCGCUGCAGCUUUCUGGGUUGGGCUCAGGCAGGAGAUCUAUAGCGCUGUCAUGAACCAUCAACCUGUCCGCAUCAACAUAGAACUACCCAUCGUUGACAGGUCCUUGGAGCCUACAGAUGACGACGCCACCUGGGCCAACCGUGCAGUGACGCACUGCGCCGACGUGCUGAACUUUUGCUUCAGCCAAGACUACGAUGUUUUCCCCAGCCCCGGAUCCGGAAGCGGCGACAACGCCACAGGGACGAAUAGUGGCACGUUGUCAACGGCUGAGAGAUGGCGCCGGUUGAGCGACUGGGGGCGGGCUUGGAAGAUGUCUCUGCCCAAGUCCUUUGUGCCAAUAUUGGACAAGAAACGGUCUGAAAAGGAAGCGUUCCCCGAGGUCUGGUACCAGACAUCGUGUCAAAUCAUUGGAGUUCAGCACCACAUUUUAGCCGAGCUUUUCCUCACCAGGUUCGACCCAAAGAUUCCCCGAAUAGGAGGACAGAGAAAGUCAGCAACACAGCGCAUGACGCACAUUCAGCACCUGGUCCGUCGUUUAUGCGGCAUUGGCCUUCACAACGAAUGGUCGCCACCAGCACUCUUCACUGCUUGCAUGGGGGUAGCAGCCUUCGGUGACCGCUUCGAGAACAAAAGAGACCAGGAUGCUCUUCUGGAGAUACUUGCCCGUACUUCACGAGACCAUGCGCGGCCGACUGAAGCCGUGCAGAAACAGAUGAUGCAGUCGUGGGGAUGGAUUGCAGACGACAACAACCAUGGCGAUGAAAACGAUAACGACUGA